AUGGAUGUACCCAAAAAUUUCACAAUCACAAUAGUAGGCGGCGGAAUCGGCGGCCUUACCCUAGCAGCAGCCCUCCUCCGCCGCCACAUCCCAGACCAGCCGCACACCGCGCCCUCCCCCCUCUUAGACCCAUCUAUCCGCAACAUAUACGACUCACUCGUCACCACGCACGCAGACAGUCCAGGCUACGAAUCAUACCGAGAAACAUGGUUCGAGAUACUAUGGGCCUGCGGGAUCCACGAAGGGGACCUAUUAAUGGAUCUCAAAGCCAAUCCAUCCGGACAAACGACAGUACGCAGAUCUGAUUUCCUAGAUGCACUCGUGACCCUUAUCCCGCGCGAGAUUGUGCAUUUUGGAAAGCGGCUUGAGAGUCUCGUUCAAGAUGGGGGCGGAGUACAUUUGAACUUCGAAGAUGGCAGUCAAGUCCACGCUGAUGUGGUAAUUGGUUGUGAUGGGAUUAAAUCUAAAGUUAAGGAAUCUGUUUUCCCGAAUGCGGGACAGCCUCGGUAUAGUGGGAUGUAUGGGUAUCGUGCUGUGCUUGAUAUGGACGAUAUGGUUCGUGCGGUUGGGGAUCAGCGGGCAAGGGUAUCGACUCUUUACCUUGGGGAGGGGGUAUAUGGGAUUUCAUACCCGAUUAUGCGGGCGAAGAAGGUGAAUGUGGGACUCUAUAUUCUAAGUGAGAAGUGGGAUUGUGAGACUUGGGUGCGCAAUGCGGAGAGAGAGGAUAUGCGUCGGGAUGCGAAGGGGAUGGGGAGGUACUGGAAGGAACUCGUUGAGCAUAUGCCCGAUCCAUCUCAAUGGGCCAUUUUCGAACAUCCUACCCUUGAGUCAUUUUGCCAGUCGCGUGUUGCCAUUCUGGGUGAUGCGGCCCAUGCUUCGACGCCGCAUCAAGGGGCCGGAGCUGGGCAGGCCAUUGAGGAUGCACAUGUUCUGGCGGAAUUGCUUGGUGAUGCACGGGUUAAAUCAGUGGAAGAUGUUGUGGCCGCCUUUCGGGCUUACGAUGAGAUUCGACGACCUCGUAGCCAACGAGUUGUCACAAGCAGUAAAGAGAAUGCUUAUCUUCUUUGUUUAUGUUUGGAUGGGGUGGGGGAUGACGCAGAGAAGUUGAGAAAUACAUUCCAGGAACGGAUGAGGUGGCUAUGGGAUUUAGAUGUACAAGAUCAAGUGGAGCAAGCUCGGGAGAAAAUGGCUAGUUAUUUGUAG